AUGGAUGGCAUUAAGAGGAUGGUGAUUCAGUUGGUGGAUUCAAGAGGAAAAUCACAUUGCUGGCUGAAGCGUGGGCAAAGGAAAUAUGUGAAACACAUUACACGACCAAGUUGCACGAAGGCCUCGCUGGUCAGUAACCCCCGACCCAAGGAAAUAUGGUUGUUUCAGAUCUAUCAAAUUUGUGAGGAACAGAGUUUCUAUCGACAAAGAGUGGAUAAGUCCGAAGUUUGUGAUGACAUCACCUCGUGA